UUGAUGUUUGGUUCGUUAUCUGUUUCAAGCCAGAUAACUUGACUACACUUAAAGUAUAAGCUCUGAAAUCUCAGUUCAGUUAUUUUAACCUUAGCCUUGCUGCUUGAAUGGAAUCUGUCGCACAUAUGUAUAGUUCGGAGAUCAAAGAUAAAUACAGAGUUUAUACACAGAAUUUAGGGCUUCCUCUCUGUGGUUCUCUCCUUCCUGUGAUUUACUCACUAAGCUUUCAGCUGUUGUGAUCAUGCCAUCAUCUGUCCUUUGGUUCCUCAAGCAAGUAAGACUGCAGGUUUUUUAUCUGAGUUUUAGCUACCCAAACUAACUGGGACCUGCUCUCUGAGUAAAAGCCAUUAAAAAAUGGGAAGUUACCCUUGCUGUUUCCUUCUUCCAAGUGCUGACCCCUUUUUCUUCCUUCCCCCAAUUUGUUUCUGCCUUCAGGUAGUUUUUUAUGCAUUUCUACUGUUUAUAGUUGUUAUUCAUGAAAGAUUUGGUCUGGUAGGCGUUACUCAGCCAUUAAAGGAAGUAGAACCCAUAAAAUAAAAUUGUACAAUUGACGAAUGUUAUCAUUUGUGUAGGUGAUAGUCUUUAUUAGAAAAGCAGGCAAGUAUGGUGAGAGAUUUCAGUAUCUGUUUUAAUAAUGAAAUAUGUUGAAAUUUGUUUUCAUGGUUCAUCCUCCUUUAAAUAAUAAAAAUGUGUCUCAAUCAGACUAUUUGCCUCUCCCUCAAAUUGUGUAUAAAUUAUUUUUUUUCAAAUCUAGAUAAUUUGAAAUAUGUUUUGGAAGCCUUGUAGAAGGAAACUAUAAAGAAACCUUAUAAUAAAAUAUUCACUUUAUUCAACAAAUGUGUUGCAUCUUCUGUGAGCCAGGAAUGAUCUAGAUCCUGGAGAUAGAACUGUGAACUUCAGAGUCCUUGAUCCCGUGGGGCUAAUGUUUUGGGGAUGGAGAGAUAAUAAAAUGUAUCUCAGGUGUUGAUACAUGUUAUGAAGUAAAAGCAGUAUGAGGGUGCAAUGGUGGGAGAUGAGGAAGAGUUAUGGCAUUAUUUAGAUAGAGGGAUUGGUCAGGGAAACUGUCUCUGAAGAAGUGACAUUUGAUCAACAUUCUUAAUGAUGUAAGAGAAGGGAACCAUGCAGGUGGAUCUAAGGGAAAACUAUUCCAGUAGUAAAGGAGCAGCAAAUCGGAUAGUCCUAAGGGAAGAACAAGAGUGGCUUCUUUGAGAAAUCACCAGACUGCCAUUUUGAAUUGAGGGAACAAGGAGAGGGUAGAAGAUGAAGUUAGAGGGGUGGUAGAUAGUCAGAGGCUUUGUUACGUUGCAUUUUGAACAGGGAAAGUGAUGACUCUGAUUUACUUUUCACAAAGAUCACGCUGCUCAGUAAAGAAAAUACUGGGGACGGAAAGAAGUGGUAUGUUGGCAAAAAGAAUGAAGGUGGGGAGACCUAUUGAGGCCUUUGCAGUAGUAGUCUAGAUGAAUUAUGAUGGUGGCUUGGACAAGAGCAGUAACAAGUGGGAAAAAUUGGUCAGAUUCAGAAUGCUUUUUAUAUAUAAGCCAAGAAGUCUUGAUGGUAGAUUAGAUGUGGGAUGAGAGAAAGAACAACUGGAUGAAUGGUGGUACCAUUUACUGACAUGGAAAAGACUGGGAAAGGAUUGAUUUGGAUGGGGGAGGAAUUAAGAGUUUGAUUUUGGACAUACUGAGCUUGAAAUAAGUUGAUACACAAAAGGAGAUGUCAGUUAGCCAGUUGGAUAUGUUAGUCUCAAGGAAGAGAUUGGAGUUGGAGAUAAUAAUUUGCCAAGCACCACUAUAUAGAUAUUAUUUAAAGCAAUAUAUUUGAAUGAAAUUACCUUGAAGACGAAUGUAGAUAUAGUUGAAAGGAAACCAUAGAUCUGAACUCUACCAGCCACCAACAUUCAGAUGUCCAGAAAAGGAAAAGGAUCCAGCAAAGUAAACUGAGAAGAAUCUGCCAAAAAUGCUUGGACAGAAGAGAUGAGUACUAUUUCCACUAAGGCCUAGAAUUGCCUACUGUACAAAUAGUCCUGAUCAGGCAAUAUACGAAUGGCCCAAGGAAGCCACCAAAUUGAUUUUCAGGUUUUACAUGACCUGCGACAAAAAUUCCCUGAAGUACCUGAAGUUGUUGUAUCCAGGUGCAUGUUACAGAAUAAUAAUAACCUGGAUGCCUGCUGUGCUGUUCUCUCUCAGGAGAGUACAAGAUAUCUUUAUGGUGAAGGAGACUUGAAUUUUUCAGAUGAUUCUGGAAUUUCUGGUCUACGCAAUCACAUGACUUCUCUCAACUUGGACUUGCAAUCACAGAACAUUUAUCACCAUGGAAGAGAAGGAAGUAGGAUGAAUGGAAGUAGGACUCUAACGCACAGCAUUAGUGAUGGACAACUUCAAGGUGGCCAGUCCAAUAGUGAACUAUUUCAGCAGGAGCCACAGACAGCACCAGCUCAAGUUCCUCAAGGCUUUAAUGUUUUUGGAAUGUCCAGUUCUUCUGGCGCUUCAAAUUCAGCACCACAUCUUGGAUUUCACUUAGGCAGCAAAGGAACAUCUAGCCUUUCUCAACAAACUCCCAGAUUUAAUCCCAUUAUGGUAACUUUAGCCCCAAAUAUCCAGACUGGUCGUAAUACUCCUACAUCUUUGCACAUACAUGGUGUACCUCCACCUGUACUUAACAGUCCACAGGGAAAUUCUAUCUAUAUUAGGCCUUACAUUACAACUCCUGGUGGUACAACUCGACAGACACAACAGCAUUCUGGCUGGGUAUCUCAGUUUAAUCCCAUGAACCCUCAGCAAGUUUAUCAACCUUCACAGCCUGGUCCCUGGACUACUUGUCCUGCAUCUAAUCCUCUGUCACAUACCUCAUCUCAACAGCCAAAUCAGCAAGGCCACCAGACCUCUCAUGUCUACAUGCCAAUCAGUUCACCUACUACUUCACAACCACCAACCAUUCAUUCAUCUGGUAGCUCACAGUCUUCUGCCCAUAGCCAAUAUAACAUUCAGAAUAUUUCAACAGGACCUCGAAAAAACCAGAUUGAAAUCAAACUUGAACCCCCACAAAGAAAUAAUUCUUCAAAACUGCGUUCUUCUGGACCUCGAACCGCCAGCACUUCCUCUUCAGUCAACAGCCAGACCUUAAACAGAAAUCAGCCCACUGUUUACAUAGCUGCCAGCCCCCCAAAUACGGAUGAGCUGAUGUCCCGUAGUCAACCUAAGGUCUAUAUUUCAGCUAAUGCCACCACAGGAGAUGAACAGGUCAUGCGGAAUCAGCCCACACUCUUCAUAUCCACAAACUCUGGAGCAUCUGCUGCCUCUAGGAACAUGUCUGGGCAAGUGAGCAUGGGUCCUGCCUUUAUUCAUCACCAUCCUCCCAAAAGUCGAGCAAUAGGCACUAACUCUGCAACCUCUCCUCGAGUGGUAGUCACUCAGCCCAAUACGAAAUACACUUUCAAAAUUACAGUUUCUCCCAAUAAGCCCCCUGCAGUUUCACCAGGGGUGGUGUCCCCUACCUUUGAACUUACAAAUCUUCUAAAUCAUCCUGAUCAUUAUGUAGAAACCGAGAAUAUUCAGCACCUCACGGACCCUACGUUAGCACAUGUGGAUAGAAUAAGUGAAACACGGAAACUGAGUAUGGGAUCUGAUGAUGCUGCCUACACACAAGCUCUUUUGGUACACCAGAAGGCCAGAAUGGAACGACUUCAAAGAGAACUUGAGAUUCAAAAGAAAAAGCUGGAUAAAUUAAAAUCUGAGGUUAAUGAAAUGGAAAAUAAUCUAACUCGAAGGCGCCUGAAAAGAUCAAAUUCUAUAUCCCAGAUACCUUCUCUUGAAGAAAUGCAGCAGUUGAGAAGUUGUAAUAGACAACUCCAGAUUGACAUUGACUGCUUAACCAAAGAAAUUGAUCUUUUUCAAGCCCGAGGACCACAUUUUAAUCCCAGCGCUAUUCAUAACUUUUAUGACAAUAUUGGAUUUGUAGGUCCUGUGCCACCAAAACCCAAAGAUCAAAGGUCCAUCAUCAAAACACCAAAGACUCAAGACACAGAAGAUGAUGAGGGAGCUCAGUGGAAUUGUACUGCCUGUACUUUUUUGAACCAUCCAGCCUUAAUUCGCUGUGAACAGUGUGAGAUGCCAAGGCAUUUCUGAGCCAAAUGGCCCUGUAUCUUCUCUAAAACCACAUCUAAAGUUCAAGAAACUAGUCUGUCAUCGGGAAAAAGUUUCACUGCUACAUAGGAUUUUGUCAAAUUGAAGGUGUGAGAAGAUGGUGUUGUGCUAAUGUUAAAUGUCAGCCCACAGAGCUAAUAAUACCUCAGUAUAAUGUCAUGAGCAGUUGAAAUUCAUCACAUGAAAAGUAAUCUGCUGAAAGACUUGGUUGUCCACUGCCUAACUGUGUACAGUGUUACCAGUGUCCCAUUAUGGAUAAUUCUCAAUAUGUUAACACCUAGGUGUUCCCAAUACCUUUUUCCUCUCAUGUCACUACUGAAUUUUGACAGGAGGAAGGAAUAGAAUGAUAGCUUGUUUUAUUUGUAAAGCUUUCAGUGAAACACUACAUACACGAAGAAAAGGAACAAGGUUUAACUAUUUAAGAACUGUUUGCUGCCGCAUAGUGCCAUUGGAUAGGGGAAGAACUUCAGAAAUCUGUGGUACUCUUGGCCUUGUCUUUGUCUUCCCUGAACAUGUCUGCACUCUGUGAAGCCAGCAUCUAGGGGCUAAAGAUGCAAAGGAAAGCAGCAUGCAUUGUCUGUACAAAUGUGCAGUGAAAUACCCCAAAGCUUUUCCUACUGUACAGAUCUCUUGAGUCUGCUUUAAGUGAUUUUUCUUCUUGAUUAUUUUCUUAUAUUUCUAUAUGUAUAGUGUAAUAGCCUUUUGUUAACUAAUUUUCUUUUUUCCUUUUAGUAAUUAAGCACGAUCAUGUCCCUUUUUAAGCCUUACCUGAGAGGAGCAAUGCCUUAAAAUAAAAAAGCAUUAAUGAGAUGAAACUAUGCACAGAAUAACUUUCCUCUACUUAUUCUGUACUUUGCCCUCAUGAGUUCCAAUGUUGUGUGAAGACAGGCAGAUGCUGCACAGUGAAUUGCAGAUGAUAUUACAGAAGUGAUGUCUGUAGGUCACAUUAAAUAUUGACUUGAGCAGUGGGUGACACAACACAGUGUUUUGUCUUCCACAGGGAAGCUUAAAAGAUAUUUUUAACCCACUGACAGAACAACAAGGUUAAGCUUCAUCUGCUUGGUGUCCCACAGAACUUGCACAAGCGAUUGUUAUUGGGAAAGUACAGUCUCAAAACCAGCAACAGCAGCAGUACCUACAGCCCUUUUUUUGGAGAGAAGUUUAAAUGCUUUACUGUUGGGGCAGUCCAUUUCUAAUCCUGACUUGGUGACAGUAUCGUGUAUUUAUAAAACAAGGCUAGCCAUAUUUAGGACAACUGAAGAAAAGCUGGAAAAAAAGAAAAACAAGCAAACUUGAACACUGAAGCAACCUCAAGCAUCUCUUUAUUUUGAUGAUAUAUUUUUGUAAGGAAAAUAAAUAUUCAGAUGAUCAGGAAUGUAUAUAACUAAAUGAAAUCAAGAAAAAGAAAUAACAGUAUGCAUUUAAAAAGACAGAAUUAUGAAAUUAUAUGAGUGCUUAGAAUGGGGCUAAGGGAAGUGCUGAAAUAGAGCAAAGGGUGGAAGAUAAUAUAGACUAUCACCCACUGUAAAUGUUUGCAAGUGGCUGUGUUUUAAGUGGGAUUAUUACAGUUGAUCUCUAUGAAUGUCAGAGCCUUAACGUUCAGGCUUUGCAUUUUGUAUAUGGGAAGAAAUAAGACAAUCCUAGGUAAUUAAACCAUAAACCCAAAGCCCUUACGUUUGAUGCAAUUUAUUUUUAAAAUAGGCCUUGUUUUUCAGCUUCAUCUGCAGUUCUAUGUGAAGAUUGAUAAAUCAGUUUUUACUUGUUUUAUUAAUAAAACGUAAUUUGGAUAUCUUGAGUUGAUGGUUUUGUGAUUUAGCUGGGUAAACUAUCUUUGUAACAGAUAAGUUAUUUAUAAAAAUUAAAAAACUUAUAUUCUAA